AUGUCACCCCUCAAAGGCAUCACAGCGCCAAUUUACUUUGGCUCAUUCAUCGUCACACCACAGGUCUUCUACACAACACCCCUCACCUUCGCCCUAGUAAACCUAAAACCCAUCCUGCCCGGCCAUGUACUCGUCUCACCACGCCGGGUCGUCCCGCGCGUCAAAGACCUAACACCGGCCGAAACAACAGACCUGUUCCUAACAGUCCGGCGCAUAGGCCGAAUGAUCGAGCGCGUCUACGGCGCCAGCAGCCUGAACAUCGCCGUUCAAGACGGUGUGGAUGCUGGACAGAGCGUGCCGCAUGUUCAUGCGCAUAUUAUUCCGCGUAAGAAGGCGGAUUUGGAUCAUAUAGGGGGUACGGAUGCGGUUUAUGAUUUGUUGGAUGGGGAUGAGGGGGAUUUGGGGAGGGUUUUUAGUGGCUCUAGUACAGGGGAGGAUGGGGAAGGUGGUAAUGGGAAGGGGAAUGGGAAUGGGAGGAGGUCUAGGUUCCCGGCUGUUGAUAAUGAGGCGAGGAAACCUAGGGGGGAGGAGGAGAUGAGUGCUGAGGCGGAGAUGUUGGCCAGGGAGAUGGAGAAUGAGCCGGUUGAUUGA